AUGCAUGUUGUAUCGUGCAGGGCAGUGUGUGAGCUGGGCCAGCGCUUGGGACACCAGCUGAUCUCCUUGGAGCUGGAUGGGGAGGAGCUGACGGAUGCUGCCAUCGAGGCUCUGCACAGCUGCAAACAGCUACGCACCCUGGGCAUUAGCUAUGCUGAGAACCUCUCUGAUGCCAGCCUUGCCUGCAUCCAGGGCUUGCACGAGCUCCGGCAGCUGAAGCUUCGACGGGGGCCUCGGCUGACAGCACGGGGGCUGGGCCGCAUGUUUGAGAACCAGAACCUGGCGAAUCUCAUCCGCCUGGAGUUGGACAGUCUGGCUCUGGACGAUGAGGCACUCACCCUUCUGGUUCAAGGGUGCCCACAAUUGCACACCCUCGAGCUGCCUUGGUGCUGGGACAUCACCGAGAAUGGCCUGGCUGCUAUCGUGGCCAACUGCCAAAACCUGGUGAACCUGGUUCUGCUGGGUCUGUUCAAGAUCCACGGCUUCUGUCUGGCCGAGCUGCCUGCACGCAUGCCCCGCCUACGAUGCAUCCACCUGGAGCAGUGCAACGAGGUGGUGGACUUGCUGUUAGAGUCACUGGCCCGGCGGCUGCCGCAUUUGAAGGUGUUCAACUACUACGGGGAGGUGGUGGUCCCCUUUGAGCAGUCGUCUUCGGCGGGAUCAUCCCCGCGUGCUGAGCGGCAUCUCUCGGCACCUUUGGAGCAGUGCCCGAGCUGAGCUCACUGAUGCAGAUUGGGAGAAUGGAGCUACCAUACACGCGCAAGUCAAGCAGGAUGCUGUCCUCAUUCUGCUUAUUGUAUGAAAUGAACUUAAAGGUGACAAUGCAGAGUUUGUGCUUAGUGUAAAAAUGUAAUAAAAUAUUUGAACCUGAGAUUCAUUGUGGUUGU